AUGUUACAGGAACAAUCACUGGCCAAUUUAGCCAUCACCAUCAUUGGUGCUGGCUUUGGAGGGUUGGCCACUGGCAUUGAGCUUGCUUUGAGAGGUGCCAAUGUCAACAUCUUCGAAUCCUACCCAGACACAAAAAAGCAGGGGGAUGUGAUCCAGAUACCAGCGAAUGCGACUCGCCUAAUGUCCAAAUGGGGCAAUAUGCUUCAGGAAAUCACCAAUCUGUCGGCUUGUCCAGAUACGAUGACUAUUUCGGACCAGAAUGGCAAGAUACUCCUGAAUCAGCAGCUGCAUACCAGUUUCGAUGGGUAUCCAAAUCUGUACAGUCACCGAGGUAGCGUGCAACAGCAAAUGUUGGAGUAUGCUACUAGCCUAGGAGUGGAAAUCCAUUUUGGAACUCCUGUUACUGAAAUCUCAGAGUCUGAUGAUGCAGCAACUGUCAUUGCUGGAGGAAAAGCGUGGAAAUCAGAUGGCAUCAUCGCCGCCGACGGCGUACGCAGCCAGUCGAGAUGUCACAUCCUUGGCCUUGAUGACAAGGCCAAAAAGAGUGGAUUCGCCGUCUACAGAUCAUGGUUCUCUCUUGACUUGCUAGGACAAGAUCCUCUAACAGCAGCCAUUACAACAUCAGAGAAGGAUCUCUUCAAGAUAUGGAUUGCGAAAGAUACGCAUGCGAUCUUAACAACGAACAAGGCAGCUAAUGCGGCCACGUGCUUCGUCACCCACAAAGAUCUCUCAGACAUCUCUGAAGACUGGCAUGUCAAGGGGAAAGUUGACGAUAUGCUAGCAUGUGUGCAGGGCUGGGAUGAGCAGCUUAGACACAUCAUUCAAAAGAUCACACCAGACUGCCUCAUUGAUCAUAAACUUCUUUGGAGAGACCCUGUCCCAAAAUGGGCCUCCGACGGCGGCCGUAUCUGCAUUGUUGGCGAUGCAGCGCAUCCACAUCUCGCAACAUCAGGAACAGGUGCAGCACAAGCUAUUGAGGAUGGUGCGUGCAUCGCGACUCUUCUGCAAAAGACUUGCCAUAAGGGAGAUAUUCCCUUUGCUUUCCGAGCCUACCAACGACUGAGAUACGAACGAACUAGUUUGACCCAAAGGAUGGGGUGGGAGACAAGGCAUGUCUGGCACCAGACCGAUUGGGAAGCUGUAGCUGCCAACCCGUCCAUGCUGAAAUUUCCCCAGCCAGAGUGGCUGUUGGGUUCAGAUGCCUCCGAGUAUGCGGAAAAGAAUUUCGAGGCAGUCAAGGCUCAUCUGGAGAAAGGCUCGGCCUUCACGUCCACCAAUGUUCCAUCUGGACACGCUCAUAAGGACUGGACUAUUGAUGAGAUGUUAUCACAUGAGGGGAAAUUUGUGUCCACUGAGUUCUAUCAGACUCGAGAGUAA